AUGGCGUCAACGCCUCCACACUGCUCAAUCACUGCCACUAAACCUUAUCAAAACAACCCUUAUCCUCAAAACCAGCUCAAGAAUCAUCGCCAUAGUCCCAAUCCACCCAAAUACCACCGUCCAUGGGCUCCACAACGUUUCUCUCCUUCUUCACUCGGCGGCGGAAACAGAGGCAGAGGCUCUGGAGCUUCGCCGUCUACCUCCGCCGCUGCAGCUACCGGUCAACUAUCUCAGACUCCGACCCGUUUCCCUGCUUUAUCUCCUCUACAGACUCCAAAAUCGGAUCUUUCACCGGAUUUCUCCGGUCGUCGUUCGACCCGAUUCGUCUCUAAGAUGCAUUUCGGGAGACCCAAAACCGCCAUGGCUACGCGUCACAGCUUGAUUGCAGAAGACGCGCUUCAUCACGCUAUUCAGUUUUCCGGUGACGAAGAAGGGAUUCAUAAUCUUCUUUUGAGUUUUGAGUCUAAGCUUUGUGGCUCUGACGAUUACACUUACAUACUUCGUGAGCUUGGAAAUCGAGGUGAGUUCGAGAAAGCUGUUCGCUUUUACGAAUUCGCUGUUAAACGAGAGAGGAGGAAGAAUGAACAAGGGAAAUUAGCAAGUGCUAUGAUAAGUACUCUUGGUAGAUUAGGUAAAGUUGGUAUUGCYAAGAGGGUUUUCGAAACUGCUUUAGCUGAUGGGUAUGGAAACACAGUUUAUGCAUUCUCUGCUAUAAUCAGCGCUUAUGGACGAAGUGGGUAUCAUGAAGAUGCCAUUAAGGUCUAUAAGUCCAUGAAAAGUUACGGCUUGAGGCCUAAUUUGGUUACUUACAAUGCUGUGAUCGAUGCGUGUGGUAAAGGAGGGAUGGAGUUUAAGCAAGUAGCAGAGUUUUUCGACGAAAUGCAGAGAAACGGGGUGCAACCGGAUAGGAUUACUUUCAACUCAUUGCUAGCUGUUUGUAGUCGUGGAGGAUCUUGGGAGGCGGCGAGGAAUCUUUUCGAUGAAAUGUUGAAUAGAGGGAUCGAGCAAGAUAUAUUUACUUAUAAUACUCUUUUGGAUGCGAUAUGCAAAGGAGGGCAAAUGGAUUUGGCUUUUGAGAUCCUGGCUCAGAUGCCUGCGAAGAAUAUCAUGCCUAAUGUUGUGACUUAUAGCACUGUGAUCGAUGGCUAUGCUAAGGCUGGUAGAUUCAAUGACGCGCUUACUCUGUUUGGGGAGAUGAAAUACCUUGGUAUUCCACUGGAUAGAGUUUCAUACAAUACAUUGCUUUCGAUCUUUGCUAAGCUAGGUAAAUUCGAAGAAGCUUUGGAUAUUGUUAAAGAAAUGGCAUCUGCUGGGAUUAGGAAGGAUGCUGUGACUUAUAAUGCUCUUCUGGGAGGGUACGGGAAGCAGGGAAGAUAUGAUGAAGUGAAGACUGUUUUCGCUGAGAUGAAACAGGAGCAUGUGUUGCCUAAUUUACUUACUUAUUCAACCUUGAUUGAUGUGUAUUCGAAAGGAGGUUUGUACAAGGAAGCAAUGGAGAUAUUUAGGGAGUUUAAGAGUGUUGGUUUGAGAGCUGAUGUUGUGUUGUACAGUGCAUUGAUUGAUGCGUUAUGCAAGAAUGGGUUGGUGGAGUCUGCUGUUUCUUUGCUAGAUGAGAUGACAAAAGAAGGAAUCAGCCCAAAUGUUGUAACUUACAAUUCCAUGAUCGAUGCCUUUGGUCGAUCUGCAACUAUGGAAUGUUUAGCUGACAUUAAUGAAGGUGGAGCCAGUGGCUUAGAAGAAGAAGAUGAAUCUUUUUCUUCCUCUUCCAUUUCUCUUUCUCCUUCUAAUUCAUUGCCUCUGGCUGUCGGAAAAGUUGACUCUUUAAGUAAGUUGACUAAAACAGAGGAUCAUCAGAUCGUAAAGAUUUUUGGGCAGUUAGUCGCUGAGGGAAAUAACCGAACAAAGAAAGAUUGUAAGCAGGAUAUGCAGGAGCUCUCCUGUAUAUUGGAAGUCUUCCAUAAAAUGCACGAGCUGGAAAUAAAACCGAAUGUAGUCACCUUCUCUGCUAUUCUAAACGCCUGCAGUCGUUGUAACUCGUUUGAAGAGGCUUCAAUGCUGUUAGAGGAGCUCAGGCUGUUUGAUAAUAAGGUAUAUGGUGUAGCUCAUGGACUCCUGAUGGGCUAUAGAGAGAAUGUUUGGGUCCAAGCGCAGAGCUUAUUUGAUGAGGUUAAGGCAAUGGAUGGAUCAACCGCUUCUGCCUUCUACAAUGCUCUAACCGACAUGCUUUGGCACUUUGGUCAGAAACGUGGAGCGCAAUUGGUGGUGCUUGAAGGAAGACGUAGAAAAGUUUGGGAGAACGUUUGGUCUGACUCAUGCUUGGAUUUGCAUCUCAUGUCUUCUGGCGCUGCACGUGCAAUGGUCCACGCAUGGCUUCUAAACAUACGCUCCAUUGUCGAUGAAGGUCACGAGUUGCCAAAGCUCUUAAGCAUAUUGACGGGUUGGGGAAAACACAGCAAAGUGAUGGGAGAUGGGACGCUAAGACGAGUGGUGGAGGCGCUAUUGAGAGGCAUGGGAGCUCCGUUCCAUGUAGCUAAAUGCAAUGUGGGACGGUUCAUAUCAACCGGUUCGGUGGUUGAAGCUUGGUUAAGAGAAUCAGGUACACUCAAAGUCUUGGUCCUCCACGAUGAUAAACAUGAACAAGCAUCUCUUCCUCUUCCUUUGUAG